CGGUAGCGGGAGGUGCUCAUCUCUCUCGCCUCAAGAGGUCAUUCUACCUACAGUUUGCCACUUGUUGCCGAAAGCUUCUCGCCCUGCCGACUCAAAUCCGAUAUACUGUAUGUAUAUAUAGAAAGAGAGUUAUUCCCCCCCCCACAACAAAUUUCCACGCGAUCGCAGCAGCUCGAUGUUGAAGCAGGACUACAGCGACGUCUGACUUGCAGCUGAAGAGGGAGAGUUUUGAGCCAAUUCGUUGCCUUUGACGGUGGAAGAAGCAUGGUUGACAACACGAGCAUAGCAACUAAAUCUGCCUUGCAAGCCACCUUUUCAUCCGCAACCCCGCUGCCGCUGCUGGUGGCGUCUCCCGGUGCACACGGCCACAUCUCGGGCGCGCACUCCCAUCAACCCCACGGCGGCGCGGGCAUGAAGCUCGAGGCUGUCAUGGAGAACCUGCAGAGGCAGCAGGCGGCCCGUUUGGCGCUCGAGGAAAAGCUGCGAAGCCAAGCCGAGAAGGACAAGGACAUCAGGGCUGUUUUCGAGCAGCAGCAACACGAGCUCGCUUUCCGCCACUACCAGGCAUCGGUGAGAGGAGCUCUGGCGGCGCACAGGAUGGCAGCAGCAGCUAGGCGCGCCACCGAUGACUCGGACGCGGACGACGAGCGCACCGCUCUGGACGAUGACGAAGAUGAGAGAGACAUGGAGGGAGAAGACAGCGCGAAUGACGGCGACGACUUCGACGGACCUCUGGCGCACUACCCGCCUCGCCAGGCCGGGGAAACCGAGUCUCCAAAAAGCGCGCAUGCGCUCUCCAGAGUUCAGGCUCCAUACACGGCGGUCCGGCAGCCCGAGUCGCCGCACGCGCAGCCUCAACACCACGAGUGGACAUACGAGGAGCAGUUUAAACAGUCAGGCAAAGACAGCCAGCCUGGGAGCGAGGCGGGUAAUUCAAGUGUUCCUUUCCGCGGUGGUGGUGGUGGUGGUGGUGGCUCGUCGUCUCUGAUUCAGGAGUUGUAUGAGCUCGAUGAUGACGUGAAACGAAAAGAAUUUCUCGAUGAUCUCUUCAGCUUCAUGCAGAAAAGAGGGACUCCAGUGAAUCGGAUUCCUAUCAUGGCCAAGCAGGUGUUGGAUCUCUACACUCUCUACAAGCUUGUCACUGAAAAAGGUGGCUUAGUGGAAGUCAUCAAUAAGAAAAUAUGGCGCGAGAUUACCAGAGGUCUAAACCUCCCUACCUCGAUUACCAGUGCAGCUUUCACUCUCCGGACCCAGUAUAUGAAGUACCUCUAUCCAUAUGAAUGUGAAAAGCGAGGGCUGAGCUCACCUGGGGAGCUGCAGGCAGCCAUCGACAGCAACCGGCGCGAGGGCCGCAGACAGAGUUACGGCUCAGCCCUUUUCAACUACUCGCCUGUAGGGACCCCCACCCUGCUGCCCUCACCCAAACUCCCCAUGUCCCACAUCAGCAUAGGAACCCCCAACGGAGGCCAAAUGGCCCACACACCCGUCAUCAAGAAAGAAGACUCCAUACUUUCCAGCUGCCUGACUAACCGGAUGGGCAUCCCCCUGCCCCUGGGUGGGCACCACGGGACAGCUGCUGCUGCACAAGCCGCCCAAGCUGCCCAGGCGGCCCAGGCUGCAGCGGUGGUGCAGGCGGCUGCCCUCGAGCAGUUGAGAGAGAAGCUGGAGGCUGGAGAGCCGCCGGAGAAGAAGGUGAUGCUGAUGGCUGAGGAGCAGCAGAGGAUCAUGCAGCAUGCGCUUCAGCAUAACCUCUUCGCUAUGGCCAGCCAGCUGCCGAUGAACAUCAAGCUCAACAACAUGGAUGACAGACAAGAGACUGCAUUGAACCUGUCUACCAACGGCAUUAGCAGCAUCAACAUGUCAAUAGAAAUAAAUGGAGUUGUCUACACAGGGAUCCUGUUUGCCCGUAAGCCAGCCAUCUCUGUGAUGCCAGCUAGCCAGCGAGCUCACCUUCAUGCCAGCUCUCAGGGAAAGAGCAGCAGCCCCGGUCUCAUCAACCACAGCAAGCCGUCCUCUUCCUCCUCCUCCUCCUCUUCCUCCUCUUCCUCCUCGCACGGACCGGCUGCCUCGCCUUAAGCCACCAAACUCUACGGAACCCUGCUCCCUUUCCCCAAAAGACGCAAGGCAGACUGCUAAACUCUCCAGACUGUAUGUUUUUUUUUGUAUCCUCUGAUGGUGACUUCCCACUCUUUCCUUUUCUUCACGUCCUCCUCCGAUCCAUGCCGAUCUCCUGAACUUCCACAAGAAAGAGAAAUCGUCUCAUCCUGGCAGCAUACGCGACACAAGUACAGUGCACAGGCUUUGAGGACUCACUUCUUUGGAAGACUCACCAGAAAACAGUGCCAAGAAGACAAGAAACUGUACGAAAACAGCAAGGAUGAGGGAGACGAUAUUCCAUGGACACAAUUUUGCGUGAAUUUAUCUGCUGUUGAAACAUGAAUAUACACCUUGUCCACCUUUUAUCGUCCUUUUACCUUUCCAUGUGAAUCGGACUAGCUUUAAUACCAAAAUACCAAAGAGCAUAUGAAUAACAUUGUGAUACUGUGCACACACAUACUCUCUCAGUAUCGUCAUGUUUAGAUGAUGCCUGUGCAGAAAUUGAAAUAUGCAAAUGGUAAGGAUUAUCAAACUAAAGUACAAACGAAUAUAUCAGUGGUAGACGAAGCACAUUCCGCUUAACAGGGGGCCUCAAAUAGUCAGGGAGAUAAGAAGUACUUUCUGUGUCAGAUUCUAGCUUUAACUUCUUUCUUUAGAGUUUAAAAAAAAAGAGAAAGAAAUAGAUUAGACACGAAUAUCCCCUUGAACGCCACAUAAUCCAAAAAUAUUGGGACAAUCAUAAGAGUCAGUUAUAUCUGAAACAGACGUCGUGGUAUUUGGUGAUAUUCUGUUAUCUCACUUUCACACCUCCUCUGUCUCAGUUUAAUGCUAAAGUGUUCAUUAAAUGCAAUUUUAUAUCAUUAAAAGAUAGUAGUUCUUGUCAAUAUAGGUUUCUCAUAGCUACAUUAGCCAUCAUGUCAUAUGUGUCGGGAUUGUGUAGUUAGGAAUUAAUUAUGGAAAAAAUGGCUGAGCACUUCAAUGCAACUCCCUGAUAUGAGGAAAACGUAUACCUGUGUGGUUAGUAGGGAAAAAAAACAAAACAAAACUCACCCCCGGAUGGACAGAAGUUGUUGAGAAUAUAUCUUUUAUUGUGAGCUGAGUCUGAUUUCUGAUUUACUUUUCUUGUUACUUUUUUGCUUUUGCUCCAUUUUUAGUUUUGUCUUUAAGGAGAAAUUUGAGGAUAUUCUUAUUUCUUUUUUUGUUAUUCUUUUUUUCAGAAGUUUGUAAAGCAUAUAAUUUCAAAUUCUAUUUAUUAUUAUAAUAAUUUUCAUUUUUUUUGGGUGGGGGGGGCUGAAUCGUUGCAGCAGGCUCCAGGGUUCAAUUAAAAAAAAAAAGAAAAAGAAAAAUACGUUUAUUUUAAAAUGCAGCCAGAUACCUCACAAUUGUACCUGUACAUACGUGUAAUAGAUUAUGAAUUACAAGGUAUACCUCAUUUUAUUUCAUUGCUUUUUCUUGUGAAGCCACUUGAAAAUCAAAGCUUUUGUUUCAACAGAUCACUGGAUUUUUUUUUUUUUUUUUACAUUUUUUUGUUUGUUUUCCUAUUUUGUAUUAUUAUUAUUAUUAUUAUAAUACCAAAGAAGGGAAUUAUAUUAAUACGCAUCUACCUCAUUUGUUGUAGACUGUGCCAACAAACCUGACCACAAUCACCCGUUUUUUAAGUGUAACGUUUAAGGCUCUACAUCAAACAUGAUGCAUAGACAAAAAGACUUCUGCUUGGACACAGUGUAAUUUUAAUCGCUUGUUUAAUUUUGUCUGUGGCAUUUUUUAUUUUAUAUAUAUAUAUAUAUAUAUAUAUAUAUAUAUAUAUAUAUAUAUAUAUAUAUAUAUAUAUAUAUACGUGUGUGGAAAAAGAACAAUGCCAGAAGGAUUUUAUUAUAUGUACACAAUCUAUUCUGGGCUAUUUAAUAGUGACGGGCUUGUAAAUGAUAUGAAUGAACGGAAUCAUUGUGUACCACAAAUUUUUUAUUCUGCGUCAAAACGCUGUUGCUGCAGCUUCGUGAGAAAAAUCUACGAGUGAUAACAUCCACGUUACUCGGAUUUUUAAGCUGUCUGUAUGCGCAGUGGUAUCGGCAGAGUUCUUGUAAUCGUUCGAUUCCAGUGUUUACUUGAAUCACUGUUUGCAUACACAACAACAACAUUAUGUUGGUUUUAAAGAUGACCAAAAGUGUGGUUUCCAAAUGCAGGUCACGUGACACGACGUUCAAACGAUUCGCCUGAGGCGUGUUGGUGGAAAUCUUAAGACGGUCAAGGUUAGCGCAAGGAUAGCCACGGCGACUUCUUUCGUUUGAAAUGAAACAGCAUUGGCCCUCGAUCUUUUUUAAUUUCAACACACUUUGCAUUAGAUUUGGAUGGCUUUUGCAUUUGCUAGGUUUUAUAGCCUUGCGAAAGGCUGCAGUAAUCCUGGUCACACCAAAAACCCCAAAAGAUUUUCUCUGGAAAGACUUUUUGGGAUUUGAGAGCUGAAAGUGCCCUAGAAACAUUUAAAUUAGACUAAAGAUUUCAAUUACAGCAUACUAAAUAAACAAAUUUUU